GAUUUUGCCCUUCAAUUCUGGUUUCUUUACAAUUCACUCUUAUCUUCUGAUAGACAAACUGUCAACAUUGAAUCCAUGGCAAAGAAUAACCUCACCAUACUAACUGAAUUCAUCCUAAUGGGCUUUACUGACCACCCUGAGUGGGAGAUUCCCCUUUUUCUGGUGUUUCUCAGCUUCUAUCUUGUCACCAUCCUGGGGAACUUGGGCAUGGUCCUGCUCAUCCAGGUAGAUGUCCAACUCCACACACCAAUGUACUUCUUCCUGAGUCAUCUCUCUGUGUUGGAUGCCUGCUACACAUCAGUCAUCACCCCUCAGAUCCUGGCUACACUGGCUACAGGCAAAACAGUCAUCUCCUAUGGUCACUGUGUUGCCCAGUUCUUCUUCUUCACCAUCUGUGCAGGUACAGAGUGUUUCCUACUGUCUGUGAUGGCCUAUGAUCGCUAUGUUGCUAUUAGCAACCCACUGCUCUACACUGUGGCCAUGAGCCCUCAAAGAUGCUGGUGUUUGGUAGUGGGAGCCUAUGUCUGUGGAGUAUCAGGGGCCAUCUUAAGAACCACAUGUACCUUCUCCCUCUCCUUCUGUGAAAAUAAUCAGAUCAAUUUCUUCUUUUGUGACCUUCCACCUCUGCUGAAGCUGGCCUGCAGUGACACAACAAAUGCUGAGAUUAUAAUUGUCUUUUUUGGGAACUUUGUCAUUUUGGCCAAUGCCUUCAUCAUACUCAUUUCCUACCUGCUCAUCAUCAAGGCUGUCAUGAGAAUGAAGUCUUCAGGUGGAAGAGUUAAGACUUUCUCUACAUGUGUCUCCCACCUCACUGUUGUGGCUCUUUUAUUUGGGACCCUCAUCUUCAUGUACAUACGGAGUGGUUCAAGAAAAUCCCUGGAAGAAGACAAAAUUGUGUCUGUCUUCUAUACUGUGGUCAUUCCCAUGCUGAACCCUCUAAUCUACAGUCUAAGAAACAAGGAUGUGAAGGCUGCCUUCAAGAAGGUCAUUGGUAGAUGCCAGAUGUCCCACAACAUACAACACUAAGUAAAAAGAUCUCUUAUGUUAGUCAAGUUUGUCUGGAGUACCCUAA